AUGGUGAUUGGUUUACCAACUAUCAGUCUAGACGAAGCUGAGACAAUCUGUGAGGUGUGCAUGAAGGGGAAGCAAAAUCGAGAGAGCAUCCCAAAGAAAAGCGAGUGGAAGUCAACUCGUGGAUUACAACUUGUCCACAGCGACAUCUGUGGUCCUAUCUCUCCGAUUUCGGAAAGUGGAAAGAGGUACAUACUAAAUUUCAUUGAUGAUUUUAGUAGAAAAUGCUGGACAUAUCUUCUGAGUGAGAAGUCAGAAGCUCUUGCUGUGUUUAAAGAGUUUAAAGCAGCUGUUGAGAGAGAACUUGGGGAGAAGCUUGUGUGUCUGAGAACAGAUAGAGGAGGAGAGUACAAUUCAAAGGCUUUUGAAGCUUUCUGUAAGGAGACAGGGAUCAAGAGACAACUCACUGCUGCAUACACACCACAACAGAAUGGGAUAGCUGAGAGGAAGAAUAGAAGUGUCAUGAACAUGACAAGGUGUAUGUUACUUGAGAAGUCAGUGCCAAGAAGCUUCUGGCCAGAAGCAGUUCAGUAUGCCGUUCAUAUACUGAACUGA